AUGGGUUCCUGGCUUUCACCUGAUUUUUAUGUUUGGCUGACAAAUCAUUCUGAACUGGUGCCUUUCAUACAGGUAGAGUCAUUUCCCGCCACUGUAAAAGGUAAUGAAAAAAAUAAAAUUAUUAAAAAAUAUAAACAGAAUAAAGAAUUAUACGUAGAACAGCUGGCACAAUUUUCAUCAGAACAGCUUGUUCUUUCAGAACCCGAUCUAUCUGAUACUCAAAAACCCGAGUUUGAUUCAGCAAAAAGAGCAGUUUGGCUUUAUCACUUCAUAUGCUACAUACGUUGGGAAAUUUAUAACCUACAACUCACAGCAUUUAAUAAAUCGCUUGAAUCAUGCUCAUCAAUCAUCACUUUAUUAACUUCGAAUGAUAUUCCCGAGACUUUUAAUGUAAUCAUAGAUUUACCUAGCUUGUAUGUUUAUCUAUUGAGAGAAGAUACUAAAGUUACUUCUUUAAGAUGGAAAUUUCAAUUUACAGCAAAUGAAUAUUCUCGAUUUAUUUCAGUUCCUGCAGCCCUUUCUAAGCUUAAACAGAUCUUAUACAAUACUCUAGAGUUUUGCAAGAACCAAAUCGAUAAGAAUUCCUCGUAUUUUUAUCCAAAUAACGCAGAUCAAAGAUUCCAACAGAUUUUGCUUACAAAGAAUUCCCCUGUAUAUCAAGAUUUCGUAGAUUUCAUUAAUACAUUUUCAACUAAGCCAAAAAACCUUUAUACGCCUUCACUUUUACAAUUUUUCCAAAAAUUUGCAAAAGUUUAUGAACUAAAUACAAUGGAAUACGUAUCAAUCGCAAUGACUCUAUUAAUGCGAUCUGCAUUCUCUUAUUCCUACGAAAAAGACCCAGAAUAUUUUUAUCCGAAAAUAGAUCUUAGAAUGGACCCAAGAAAGUUCGUAUGCAGUGACAUUUGUACAGAAGGUUCAUUUUUGACGCCAGAAGACCUUGCAAAGCCAGUUUUGGACGUAUUUUUCACAGAUGAUUUCAGAAGUCCCGUUCUUCACAUAGAAUUCGCUGCUUUGUAUGUUAACCCUAUUGACGCCUUGUUUGAGAUCCACGAAGCAAUAAAAGUGACCCAAAGAAUAAUUUUGACAAAAUUAAAACGAGAAAAUUGUAAAGUUCUCGCUUUUGAAGAGUUAUUUGGCCCUUUGGCCGGAGUCGCUCUUUGUACUACGGAUUUCCUUUCUUUGGGCCAUUACGUGAUUAAUUUUGCUCCUGCAACAGAACUGAGUCCUGAUUUAGACUACACACUAGCUACUGUUAAAGCACUGAUAAAGUUUAUGGAAACUGACCUUUCAAAAAAAUUAUUGAAAUAA